ACCAGAUAGUACGGGCCUUUAGGUAGUUAUAUGGGCCAAGUCGUAGAGGCCUUUUAACUCUAGGGUUUUCGUUUAUACAGCAGACUCUUUAUAAAUAAAUUCUGCAAACCUCAGUACACCCUCCGCAGUUUUUUUUGUCUACAGAGGAAACCUAAGUUGCAACCAUGGGUAUUUCUCGUGACUCCAUCCACAAGAGGCGUGCCACUGGAGGCAAGCAGAAGCAAUGGAGGAAGAAGCGAAAGUACGAGAUGGGGAGGCAGCCAGCUAACACCAAGCUGUCCAGCAACAAGACGGUCAGAAGAAUCCGUGUCCGUGGAGGCAACGUCAAGUGGCGUGCGUUGAGGCUCGAUACCGGUAACUACUCCUGGGGAAGUGAAGCUGUUACCCGCAAGACCAGAGUCCUUGACGUUGUCUACAAUGCCUCCAACAACGAGCUUGUCCGUACAAAGACACUUGUUAAGAGCGCCAUUGUCCAGGUUGAUGCCGCUCCUUUCAAGCAGUGGUACUUGCAGCACUAUGGUGUUGAGGUUGGUCGCAAGAAGAAGAAUGCUGCUGCUUCUGCCGCCAAGAAGGAAGGAGAGGAUGGUGAGGAUGCUGCACCAGCUGCUGCUGCUGCACCUGAGGAGGUGAAGAAGAGCAAUCAUGUGCAGAGGAAGAUUGAGAGCCGUCAAGAAGGGCGCACUCUUGAUUCCCACAUUGAGGACCAGUUUGCAAGUGGACGGUUGUUGGCAUGCAUCUCCUCAAGGCCCGGCCAAUGUGGACGUGCUGAUGGAUACAUUCUUGAAGGCAAAGAGCUUGAAUUCUACCAGAAGAAGAUUCAGAAGAAGAAGGGCAAGGGUGCCGCUUAAAACUCGUUGUCUGCUUGAAAGCUUUAUGUUUUUUUUCAUGAAACAUGUUUGAGUUUUCAGUUUAGUGUCUGAGAGCCUAUGUUUUGGAUUUAGCUUUUGCGAUAUGGUAUUUCAUAAACUCCUGUCGUUACAAUGUUAUUUGUCUCGUAAUUUUUGUUUAAUUUAAAAGCGUCUUUGAUGAA